AAGUGAAAGUAAAAGUACAACCCAACAGUCAGGAGCCAUUUUGUCAUGAGAACAGAAAACUCCACCGAAUCUCUAAAAUGUCUAAAAGAAAAGUAAUAUUGCAGACAGUGAUGAGGAAGUGAAGAUCAACUCUACACAGUUCAUCUGCAGGUAUAAAGUCAACAUUUGAGUCGCUGUCAUGACCUCCAAAAAGAGUCUCUCUGGAGAAAGAAGCACAAACACAAUGAACAGUUUGACUGAUGGAAAAUCUCCUGAACCCAGUUGUGUGUCCAUGAAGAGUGAGAGAUCAAUGGAUCGUCCAAUUCACUUUAAUUCAGAGACUUUGAUGAUGCAGAUGUGAGUAACAGAUCAAAGUCCAUCAAAGGGAAGAACCUGAAUUCAAUCUUCCGGGAGCUUGAGCAGAAAAUCAUCUCUGUGAUGAAGGAGGAGCUGAAGAUCUUCAAGAGUCUACUGAGUUCAGAUUACCCAUCAUGCUCUGAGAGAGAAGAAGAUGAUGAUAAAGAUCUGUGCAGAGUCAAAGAGAUGUUUCUGAAGAUCACACUGAAGGUCCUGAAGAAGAUGAACCAGAAAGAGCUCGCAGACACAUUACAGACCAAACUUGCACCGCUGAGCAUGAAGAAACACAAAUCCAAACUAAAAGAUCAAUUCCAGAGAAUGAAUGAAGGAAUCUCAGCUCAAGGAAGCUCAACACUUGUGAAUGAGAUCUACACAGAUCUGUACAUCACAGAGGGAGGGAGUGAAGACAUCAAUAAUGAACAUGAGGUGAGACAGAUUGAGACAGCAUCCAGAAGAUCAGAGACACAAGAAACACAAAUCAAAUGUAAAGACAUCUUUAAAGUCCAAAACAAACCCAUCAGAAGUGUGCUGACUAAAGGAGUCGCUGGAAUUGGAAAAACAGUCUCUGUGCAGAAGUUCAUUCUGGACUGGACUGAAGGAAAAGAAAAUCAAGAUCUUCACUUCAUAUUUCCACUUCCUUUCAGAGAACUGAAUCUGAUCAAACAGAAAAAUAUCAGUCUGAUGGAUCUUCUUCAUCAGUUCUUCACAGAUACAAAAGAACUGAGAUCAACAGACUUUGAUGAUUAUAAAGUUGUGUUUAUCUUUGAUGGUCUGGAUGAGUGUCGUCUUCCUCUAGAUUUCUCAAAGAAUCAGAGUUUAUCUGAUGUAACAGAACCAGCGUCAGUAGAUGUGCUGCUGACAAACCUCAUCAAGGGGAAUCUGCUUCCUUCUGCUCUGAUCUGGAUCACCUCUCGACCAGCAGCAGCCAAUCAGAUUCCUCCUGAGUGUGUUGAUCUGAUCACAGAUGUACGAGGAUUCAAUGACCCUCAGAAGGACGAGUAUUUCAGGAAGAGAAUCAAUGAUGAGAGUCUGGCCAACAGAAUCAUCACACACAUGAAAUCAUCCAGAAGUCUGUACAUCAUGUGUCACAUCCCAGUCUUCUGCUGGAUUUCAGCCACUGUUCUCCAGAGAAUGUUGAGUGAAGCAGAGAGUCAAGCACAGAUCCCCAAGACUCUCACUCAAAUGUUCACACACUUCCUGAUGUUUCAGACCAAACUGAAGAGUCAGAAGUAUGAUGGGAAAUGUGAGGUAGAUCUUCAGCAGGCUAGAAAGAGUCUUGAGUCACUGGGAAAACUGGCUUUUCAACAGCUGGAGAAAGGGAACCUGAUCUUCUAUGAGGAGGAUCUGAGAGAGUGUGACAUUGAUGUCAGAGAAGCGUCAGUGUACUCAGGAGUUUGUACUCAGAUCUUCAGAGAGGAGUUUGGACUGAACCUUGGGAAAGUGUUCAGCUUUGUGCAUCUGAGCGUUCAGGAGUUUCUCGCUGCUUUUUUCAAGUUUCUGUUUUUAAUUCAAGACAAAGACAACAAGUCAAGCGUGAGUGAUUUACUGAAGAGUGAAGUGGACAAGGCCUUACAGAGUGAGAACGGACACCUGGAUCUUUACCUCAGAUUUCUUCUGGGUCUUUCACUGAAAUCCAGUCAGACAAUCUUACGAGAUCUGAUGAAACAGACAGGAAGAAGCUCUGACAGUAAACAGGAAAUAGUCGAGUACAUUAAGAUGAAGAUCAGAGAGAAUCUCUCUCCAGAGAAAUCCAUCAAUCUGUUUCACUGUCUGAAUGAACUCAAUGAUCAUUCUCUAGUGCAGGAAGUACAAUAUGUGAACAGAGGAGAUGAGUCUAGUCUUACUGGAGUCAGUCUCUCUUCUGCUCAGUGGUCGGCUCUGGUGUUUGUGUUACUGAACUCAGAAGAGAAGCUGGAUGAGUUUAAUCUGAGAAGUUAUGAUCGAUCAGAUGAAUGUCUUCUGAGGCUGCUGCCAGUGAUCAAAGCUUCCAGAAUAGCUGAUCUGAGUCGCUGUAAUCUGACAGAGAAAAGUUGUUCAGCAUUGGCGUCAGUUCUCAGAUCAAACUCCUCAAGUCUGACAGAACUGAACCUGAGUCACAAUAAUCUACAGGAUUCAGGAGUGAAGCUGCUCUCUGAUGGAUUGAAGAAUACAAACUGUAAACUACAGAUAUUACAUCUGUUUAACUGCAGUAUUGGAUCUGAAGGUUGUGUUGCUCUGACUUCAGCUCUGAGAUCAAACCCCUCACACCUGACAGAACUCAAUCUGAACUUUAAUAAUCCAGGAGAUUCAGGAGUGAAGCAGCUCUCUGAUCUACUGAAGGAUCCACAAUGUAAACUACAGAAACUACAACUCGCGUUGUGCAGUAUUGGAUCUGAAGGUUGUGUUGCUCUGACUUCAGCUCUGAGAUCAAACCCCUCACACCUGACAGAACUCAAUCUGAACUUUAAUAAUCCAGGAGAUUCAGGAGUGAAGCAGCUCUCUGAUCUACUGAAGGAUCCACAAUGUAAACUACAGAAACUACAACUCGGGUUGUGCAGUAUUGGAUCUGACGGUGCUGAUGCUCUGACUUCAUCUCUGAGAUCAAACCCCUCACACCUGACAGAACUCAAUCUGGACUUUAAUAAUCCAGGAGAUUCAGAAGUGAAGCAGCUCUCUGAUCUACGGAAGGAUCCAGAAAGUAACGUACAGAAAGUACUUCUGGCUGGUGGCAGAUUUGUAGCUGCAGGUUUUGUUGCUCUGGCUUCAGCUGCGAUAUACCCCUUAAUUAAUCAAGGAGAUUCAGGAGUGAUAUGCGCCUCUAGUCAACCGAAGGAUCCACAAUGUAAACUACAUACACUACUGAUUGAGCCAAAAGAGGAUGAGCCAAAAGAGGAUGAGCCAAGCAAAUGUGUUUUGUCAUAAACUACAAGAGUUGUUUUCUGCCUCCUACUGGACACACAACAUCAGUGACUCAUAAGAGCUCAACAUGAGGGCGUCUGUUAGAGAUGUAAACACACAAACUGUUGAUUGUUUGUCUUUUCAUGUUUUUCUCCUCCAGUGCACUUUAAAGCAAGAGCUCAAAUUUUUGUGUCACAUCCGAAGAUUAAAGUUAACGUUGACAUAAAAUAUGUUUGUGUACUGAGCAUAUUAAUGUUGUAUUAAUAAACACAUACAUGUGUAUAUUUAAGAAAAAUAUACAAAUUAAUAAACAUUUAUACAUAAUUAAAAACAUUUGUAAAUAAUCAACACAUGUCAAUUUUCCUAAAUAUGUAAUUGUACAUAAUUAUGUUGACAAAAUUAAUACAAACACAGUACAAAGACAUAAAUUAUGUAAACAAAAACUUUUAUUCUCGAUACAAUUAAUCAUGAUUAAUCAUUUUGACAACCCUGGUAAAUAUAAAUGUGAAUAAUAAUACAUUUGUAAAUACUUUAUUUGUAUUUAGAUUCAAUUCUGAAUAUUUAUGUAAUGAGAUAUUAUGCUAAUGAUUAUUGUUGAAAAUUUCCUGCCAGAUAACAAAAUGUGUUUCUUAGACGUUCUUUAGACCAGAGUUUCUCAACUCCAGUCCUCAUGUCUCCUGAACAGAAUGUUUGAGAUCUCUCCCUAAAUAACACAUUAACACUCUCAUGAGUUAAACAACAAGUCACCCUAAUAGUGUUCAGUGUUCUUUAGUUGAGCUCUUGAUUCUUGAUUUCUUAAGUUAAAUGUGUUCAGAUCAGAUGUGAUGGUGUUACUGAAGUUCAGCUCCAGAGUCACAGUGUCUUGUUUAACAUGUGGUGAUGCUUGUUUCAAUCAGAGGUGUGUUAGCUAGUAUGAUACUUUGCUUUCUUUACUCUUUUUAUUUUAAAACUGCAAAUAUGAAGUGUGUAUAUAAUGUUGGAGGUUCUUCAAAAAGUCAAAAUCUGGAUCAAAUGCAUUUUAUUAUAGCUUGACAUAUCUUGUAAAGACCUAUAUUAAUUUCACAAUGAUUUUAUGAUAAUAUGUAUGUUUGUAUUGUUUUUGACCAACUCUUAUAAUGGAUGAAAAUACACCA